AUAAUAUGUCAUCUCCCGGUUCUGAAAUGGAGUCGUUAUCCCUUCAAACUGGCAAACAUUAUUCCUUAUGCUAUUCGGUAUUCAAACAGAGUAUAGUUGGAAAAUCCUGCACAUUAUAUUUUCGCCAUCUUCCAAAUGUUAUACGAUCAAUGUUUCAAGAUACUAAGGAGAUGAGCCAAUUCAACAUCUUAAGCAUUGGAAGUGGAGAUGGCACAGAAGACAUCAAAGUGGUGAAGAUAGUCGAGGAAGAGUUGCAAAGAAUUGAGAAAUAUCGUGAUGUAAAGAUAUUUCUGAGAGGUAUUGAGCCAAAUGAAUAUUUCAAAAGUCUCUACGACAAAUCCAUUGAAGAGCUGACGGGUUCUUUGAAGACGAGAAGUGUCUUCGACGUUCGAGGGAACACGUUUGAAGAGUACAUGGAUCAAAACGAUGACUUACGAUUUGACCUAGUGGUUUUUACCCACAGUAUGUACUACCUAGAUGAAGAGAAAUCUCUAAAGUUCUGCUUUGAUAAAGCACUGAAAGCCAACGGAAAGGUACUGGUUACUUUAGACAUAAGCUGGAUUUUGGCCUCUGUGGAGGUAGUCGAAAUGGUAAUGAAAGCAGUCGAGAAGAACAAAUGGAGAUCGUCACAUGCCACUGAUGAAUACGAAAUUGAUGUCACCAAAGUUUUUGACGCGAAAUCAGAAGAAGGAAUCCUUUUGUUGGACUUUUUAAUGCACAAAGUCGACUUUCGUGCAAACGCUGGUAAAGAACAGCUAGAUCAUGCUAUGAAAGUAGUAGAAGAAAAUACAACGUUGAAAAAUGGGAAGCGCUUUGGAAAGGUGGCUGUUCGCAUGUUUAUUAUUUCAAGAUAAACCAAUAUUACCGUGACACUACCAACGACCAAUUUAUGGUAGAGAUUAAAUGGCUAGUCAGUAAAGACCCACUUGAGAUCCGAGGAGAAACUACAAACGAUUAAUUAUAGUGAAAAUUAUUCACUGCUUUACUGUCCUGUACCGUGACUCGUCCACAAGAACCCUCGUGAACUAAAGUGAUAUUUAAUAAUUAAAUCAAUAAUUGUAAUGAAAAUUGACAGCAUCAUUAAUCCUGGAUAAUAAACACGGCUAGAAAAGAAUUAAUGACUAUCGACUAUAUAUAAAUGAUAAUGAAUAAAGGAAAAAUAAUUAGGGGCAUCGGUCGCACGUAAUUUGUAGUUAUUUUUGUCCAAAUUCUUGAUCCCUGGCACUUAAUCAAAUUGUCUUCUCGAGUUGAAUUAUGUCGCAAAA